CAUCCAUCCAUCCCAUUCCCCAUUCACGUCUACGUCCCAGAAUCUAUAUAUCGAGGUACAAAAUGGAAGACACGCUCCUCCAACCAGCCAGCACAGAUCUCCUCGACCUAACCGCCCAAGAAUCCUCGACAGCGGUCAUCUUCCCCUCCUUCACUGCAACAACAGCCUGGAACCUCGGCCUCGCCCUCCGCAACCGCAUCCUCGCCCUGCCGCCGUCGCAGCGCAAACCGGCCCUGAUCUCCAUCUCGCUGUCGGGCGCCACGGAGCCGCACGUGAUCUUCCAGUGCGCCACGGAGCCCGGCACCGUCGCGGACAAUGAGACGUGGGUGCGCCGGAAGCGGAAUACCGUGUUGCGGUGGGGGGUGUCGAGCUGGUUGAUGCGGCAGAAGAUGUUGGCGGGGCGGCGCGGCGCCGAUGUGGCCACCGUGGAGGCGGCGUUUGUGGAGAAGUUUGCGCUGGCCAGUUCGGCCGGCGGGAGGACGCCGGAUGAUUAUGCGAUUCAUGGGGGGGCGUUUCCUGUGCGGGUGAGGGGCGUGGAUGGCGUGGUGGGGGUGGUGGUUGUGAGUGGGUUGAAGCAGGAGGAUGAUCAUCAGGUGGUGUUGGAGGUUGUGAGGGAUUUUAUUGAACAGCAGGGGGGGGUUUAAACCCCAUGAAACUAUUCUAUAUAUCCAUAUAUAGAUAUAUAUAUAGCCUCCAUAUGGCGUCAUUUUACGUGAAGUCAAGUCUCAAAUCAGAUGCAUAUUUAGGUAUCAUGCGAGAAGAGCCUAUCUUAAUUAGAACUAAGAAUAGGUGGUGGUUUGGAUCUUGAUCAACGUCAAGAUGAAAAAAAGUUCAAACGAAAAAAAAAAAAAAAAAAAAAACCCCAGCUUCAAAAAAACAUUAUCAAACUCCAAAAAUCC